AUGGACAAAGUAGCUAUCUCUCUCCUUGAAUCAUGGCCACACAAAUGCUCGCAGACUCAUGCAAAGUGUGGCGCGCGGUACGAUUUUGGGUUCAGACCCACACGUUUGAUUGAUGUUGGCUCAAAAGGAAAGCAUCCACGGCUAGUUCAUACUGCUGCAAUGUUUUCAAAAGCGGCAGAAUACCUUGCUUUGAGUCAUUGCUGGGGUACCAAUAUGCCUUCUUCUGCAAAAACAACUCUAGAAACACUUUCUCAAAAGCUUACCCGGAUAAGAAUCAGGAAGCUGCCCAGAACAUUCCAAGAUGCUAUUGCUGUUACUAGAAGACUUGGUCUCAAGUAUUUAUGGAUAGACUCGCUUUGUAUCAUACAAGAUUCUCAUGAAGACUGGCAACUAGAAUCUGCAUUGAUGAGAAAGAUCUACUCGCACUGCUAUUGCACGUUGGCAGCCGCAGCUUCAUUAGAUUGUCAUGGCGGCCUAUUCGCAAAACGCUCGGAAUUGGCCGUGCUAGGGACCGAGAGUCCUGCUGCAUUAUAUCCUGCCGUUCUCUUGAAGUCCACAUAUGGUGGAUUGGAUGAACUAUUUAGCCGAAGUCCACUAAACUCAAGAGGCUGGACGUUGCAAGAGCGAGAGCUUUCUCCGAGGAUGAUCUAUUUUACAAAACAUACGAUGCUUUUUGAAUGCAGAAGAGCAAGAGGAGGCGAACGUGGUGAAUCGAGAGCUCAAGCGGCGGUGCGGUGUGGGAAGGAGGAACUAGUUCCUAAAACUCUCCUAAAUUCUGUUCAUUCACGGCGUUGCAUGGAUGAAUUCCCUUUGGAUGGAGAAUCUGGUGACAACCUUCAAUGGAGAAUACAACAACGCUACCAUGCGUGGCGGAAAAUGGUACAGGGAUACUCGCAAAGACACCUAUCUGUAUCUUCCGAUAAAUUUCCUGGUCUUUCUGGUUUGGCCUCGGAGCUUUCAUUCUUACUGAAUGAUCACUACGUAGCAGGGCUUUGGAAAGGUGAUAUUGUCUCCGGAUUGCCUUGGAGUUAUGCCUACGAGAAAGGAACAAAUACAACCCCACAGUCCAGUUAUGGGCCGUCUUGGUCAUGGGCAAAGAUGAAUGUUCCUAUCAACUACGACCUCGUUCGCCCUUACCAUAGAGUGACUCAAGAUUCAGUAAUCCCAGAACCAUCGCGGCAAGAUUGGCAAGACCCGGUACUACUAAACGCCAGUACUGUACCCGCAGGUCGAGAUCCUAACGGUACAUUGAUAUCUGCUUUCUUGCAGUUCUGGGGCCAGAUUACAUCUAUGAGAUGGUCGAAAAUGGCAACUUGUGUUAUUCAAGGAGAAUCUAUUCCAGUAAUAUGGGAUUUUCUGCCGCAAUCAACUUCUGACUUCUUCCUCUUCAGCCUUGGGAAAGGCAAGACCGGGUUGGUGUUAGUACAGGAUCCUAUGUAUGAGACAACAUAUCGGCGAGUAGGCAUUGUCUCAGACAUCAAACUGAGUUGGUUUAGAGAUACGGUGCUUCAGUCCAUCAAAUUGGUUUGA